AUGCUAAGUAAUUUCUGUCUUUUCGUUGCAGCUCAGGGGAUCGAGAAUGUGGUAAUAAUAGGAUCUGGUCCAGCUGGAUAUACUGCCGCUAUAUAUGCUGCUCGAGCCAAUUUGAAGCCAGUGGUUUUUGAAGGGUAUCAAGCUGGUGGUGUUCCAGGUGGACAAUUGAUGACGACAACCGAGGUGGAGAAUUUUCCAGGCUUUCCAGAUGGUAUCACGGGUCCAGAUUUAAUGGAAAGAAUGCGACGACAAGCUGAGCGUUGGGGGGCGGAGUUAUAUCAAGAAGAUGUGGAAUUUAUUGACGUGAAAAGCAGACCUUUUGCCGUGCAGAGUAGUGAACGCAAGGUGAAAUGCCACAGCAUUAUUUAUGCCACGGGUGCCACUGCAAAGAGGCUGAAAUUGCCUAGAGAGGAAGAGUUUUGGAGUAGAGGAAUAAGUGCCUGUGCCAUAUGUGAUGGAGCUUCCCCACUGUUCAAAGGCCAAGUUCUUGCUGUUGUGGGAGGAGGAGAUACGGCCACAGAGGAAGCUUUGUAUUUGACGAAGUAUGCUCGACAUGUUGAUUAUGGCGAAUGUUUCAGAGUAUUCAGCAAUCCCAACGUCACGGUGCACUUCAACACCGAGACUGUGGAUGUUGUGAGCAACACAAAGGAUCAAAUGUCGGGCAUUUUGAUUAGAAAUGUCAACACUCAAGAGGAAUCGGUUUUGGAGGUAAAAGGCCUUUUUUAUGGAAUUGGCCAUUCUCCAAACAGCCAAUUACUAGAAAGUCAAGUCGAACUUGAUGCUGCUGGUUACGUUUUGGUAGAGGAAGGGUCUGCAAAAACAUCGGUUGAGGGCGUGUUUGCUGCUGGAGAUGACCAUGAAUGGAGGCAAGCUGUAACUGCAGCUGGAUCGGGAUGUAUUGCAGCUCUGUCAGUCGAGAGAUAUCUUACAAGCAAAGACCUUCUGAUUGAAUUUCACCAGCCGGCUACUGAAGAGGUUAAGAAAGAACUUACUGACCGAGACGUACAAGAAGGUUUUGAUAUCACGCUUACCAAACACAGGGGCCAGUACGCUCUUCGGAAGUUGUAUCACGAGAGCCCAAGACUUCUUUGUGUGCUAUAUACGGCACCAACAUGCGGUCCUUGUAGGACCUUAAAACCGAUACUUUUCAAGGUCAUAGAUGAAUUUGAUCAAAAUGUACAUUUUGUGGAGAUCGAUAUUGAGGAGGAUCCUGAGAUUGCCGAGGCUGCUGGAAUCAUGGGCACACCUUGUGUCCAGUUUUUCAAGAACAAAGAGAUGAUUGGGACUGUGUCGGGCGUCAAAAUGAAGAAGGAAUACCGAGAGUUUAUCGAAGCAAAUAAAUGA